AUGUCGUUUGAGAAUGCCUCAGUGACCAAGGGUCUGAUGCUUGGCAUCGCGCUCACCUCAGUUGCGGCCGGUAUAUUCGACCUGAAACACUACCUGAAUUUGCAGCUGGUGCCACAUAUCUCAAAGCAUCAUCAGUAUUGGCGGCUGCUCGUCUACCAUCUGGUGUGCGGUAGCUCAAGCGACCUUCUGCUGGUAGAGACCUACCUAUACAACGUCAGUAUAUGUGUAGAGAGAGCCUUCGGAAGCGUGAAAUAUGCGUCCUUCCUCGUAAUUUCCGCGGUUACGACGAUGCUCCUUUCAUUCGUCGCCCUUCUCGUCGCGCAACUGACCCCGGCGACGAGCACAUGGUUCAACAACAUCCCGCCUGGACCGAUCGCCAUCAUGUCCGCCCUGCUGUACCAAUACAUGCGGCUCGUACCCCCGGCCUACCACUUCCGCAUCUUCGGGCUGGGCAUGAGCGACAAAGUUUGGGUAUAUGCGAUCGCUGCUCAGCUCGCAAGUACACAAUUCCCUGCCAAACUGCUUCCCACGGCAGUAGGUCUCCUGGCCGGGUACCUCUACCGCUCCGACUUUCUGCAGCUGAAAGGAUGGAGGCUGUCCACCAAGGUCGUGCGAUUCGCAGAAGCUUGGAUUGGGCCUCUCCUGGGCGAGGCCCAGCCCGUACGACGGACCAACAGAGUGCUGCCCGAACCACGCGCUCAGGCCGAAGCCCGCCGCCAGGCAGCUGCGAUAGACCCGGAAGAGGUGGUGACCACUGCGCGGGUCCCACGUCCGCGUCGGACCCCAACCGCCCGCCCACCUAUUCCCGCCGCACCGGCACCGAACGGGGCCUCCAGCGCGGGCGAAGACGCGCAGGAGACGGGACCGGCAGCAGGCGGCGGCGGGGUGGUCCGCCAAUGGAUGUCCGAGCUCGCGAGCGGUGCGAGACCAGGCGCAGGAACGGUCAGGGCACCGGGCGAGGCCGAGAUCGCCAUCCUCACGGGGAUGUUUCCCGGCCUCCAGCGGGAUGUCAUCCUCGGUGUGUUGCAGAGGAGGUGA